CCCACCCACAUACUACAUUACUCACGAAGGGAGUAUUAUUUAGAAGGAUGUAGAAAAUAAAAUAGAGAAAAAACGAAGCUAGAUGACUCCAUGGCUUACAUAAUAAGAGGAGCUGCAACUCCAACUCCCAUCUUCCUCCCUUCUCUGAAAUCCACCCCCAAAAAUUAUAACUGUCAUAACUACUUUCUACUCACAAAUUACGCGCCAAAAUUUUCACAUCAUCAAUCCAAACCCUAUAAUCUUUCUUCAUCGUUGUCAUCUAGACUCAACUGUGGAGUUAGUGACCAAUUCUGGUAUGAUAAUGAUUCUCCCACCACCACUGCUGCUGCUUACGACAUCCUCGGCGUCGAACCCCACUGCUCUGCUGCCCAACUCAAGGCUGCUUUCAGAGCUAAAGUGAAGGAAUUUCACCCUGAUGUGAGGAGCAAUCAACACAAUUCCGAUUUGAUGAUUUGCCGUGUGAUUCAAGCAUAUGAGAUUCUCUCAAAUAUCAGCAGGUCAGAGAUAAUUGAAAGUGAAUGUUUAGAUCCUUUUGACAAUCCAGAAUGUGAAGCAUUCGAUAUUUUUGUCAAUGAAGCUGUGUGUGCUGGCAAAGGAUGCCCAUAUUCAUGUGUCAAACAGGCCCCUCACGCUUUUUCCUUUUCUUCACUGGGAACUGCCCGCGCAACUUAUCAAGGUACAGGAUAUGCUGAGGAUUACAGAGUCCAGAUAGCUGUGGGUCAGUGCCCCAGAAAUUGCAUUCACUAUGUUACACCUUCACAGAGAAUCAUACUGGAGGAGCUUCUUGAUUGUAUUCUGAAUGCUCCAUACGAUACCUCUGCCGAAGCUGACUUGCUUUAUUCUCUCAUCAUAAAAGCUAAGUUUGAGAACAACAGAUACCAAAAAUUAAAGCAGCAGCCUAAAACGUCUACUGAGCAUGUAGACUGGUUUUGAAUGGGCUCUCAGAAGUAAUGUCUAAAUAGUGGCUGAUAAAUAUGACAUUUACAAGAAUACUUUUUUUAUGUAUAUACUAUAUACAGCUCUGAGGAUUGGAGUACAAGCUCACUGAUAUUCUGGUCUAUCCGGUUGUUAAUGUACUGACGAUGCCGAAGAGCAAAUUGGUGGCAAGAAUAGACGGAAUGUAGCAGGCCAUACGUCUCAUAUAUUCAUGUCUGUACAAAGGUCUUACUAAAGCAUUGUGACCAGUGUAACCAAUUUGUGUAAAAUUUUUCAUAUAUCAAUGGCUGGUACUGGAGGUAAGCUAUCACAUUUUAAGAAUAUGUUCAGCUGAAUGUUUUUCCUCUCUUUCAGCCUGUCAUGUAUACCUACAUACAUUGCUCAUCUUGUGUGGCGAUACAUUUCAGUAAAUUUUCUGUUUAUUGAACUUUUUGAGGAGAUUCAACAAAUUUAGUGUUAAUGAAAAAUAGGUUUGCUGGGUGA